CCUAGAAGAUCGGGGAAGAUGGGUGAGCAUGCCCAGUGUUGUUCACCCUUCUUCUCACACAGAAGACGAUAUCGAGCUACCCACACCUUCUAAAUUUGGUCUUGUCCGUCUCCAUGAGAGUCGAUUCCACCAUCACUUUCCUGCCGUUAGUUCUGAAGAACACUUAAUCAACUACUACCACUGUGCCCUUGUUUCAGACAUCCUUCUACAAGGAUUUCUUUAUCUGUCAAAAAACUAUUUCGCUUUUUACUCCAACAUAUUUGGCUACAAGACAAAGUUCUUGAUACCUGUGGGAAGUGUGACAAAAAUUACCAAAGAACGUGUAGCCAAAAUAAUACCCAACGCCAUUGGUAUAACAACACAUGAUGAAAAGUAUGUUUUUGGGUCGCUACUGUCCAGAGAUGCCUCCUACCGGUUGAUAUACAAAAUUUGGAAAAAAGCGUCAUGUGAGGAACUCUGUCAACCAGAUGACAGUGAAAGUGAAAACACCUCUGUCAUACUUCCGAGAGAAAUGGAAGACGAAAGCUUUACUAGUAGCUCUUCUGAUCAAACGACCACUGAUGACGCCAGUUCCCUUUCAACUAAGAUUAAAAAAGAACAUGUCCGGAAAUCACCGUCCAGUCGUUCUUCCUCACCCCCCUGGCACAACCUUAAGAGUACGAGCAGCAAAACUGGUACGGUUUCUCCCAAGUGCCAACCGUCAAACAGUGUUGUUUGGAGUAUCACCAAAGAUUGCUUUGGCAAGGUAGAAGAAACCUUCGUCAGCAUUUGCAAGCUUCCUCGGACAUCUGUACUGUUGGCUGUGUCCUCUGUACUUCUCGUGCUGCUUUUCUUUUCUGCAACAUUUCUGAUGUACAGGAUAUCUGUGGUUCAUCGUAGGAUGACCAAUGGGGAGCACUUGCAACCUUUUUCUAAACUGAAGCAAAAACAGAACAAGCUGGGCCAAACAAAGAUAGUAACUGAAGAAGUGAUUCAGUUGACAGACAAUCUACAGAAUAGGAUCAAUCAGCUAGUAAUGGUUAGAAAAUCGUUAGCAGAGUUGAUGGAUGUCACCAUACAAGAUAAAAACUCUUGCAACACUCAAAAAGAAAAAGUUGCAGAUACUGCCCCAGGACAGUGGGUGGCUGUUGGAACUUGAGACUACCUAUGUCCUUCACACAGUCGUGGCAAGCCAAAGCAUGUAAAUUCCAUGUACUCUUCACUUAUUCUAGUCAAUUUUUUCUGAUUAAAUAAAAUUUGCAAGUCACCUAUUGAUGACA